AUGCAGACUAGGAGCGGCGCGCAACGAAGCGGUCCCUCAACAAAUCCGACAAUCGAGUCUGUUGCGCCAUCCAUCACAACACCUUCAGCAAAACACCUCUACAAAGACGCCACGGUCCUGGUGGAGGACACAAUCUCUGCGCUCCACAAAUCUCUGCUGAAGAAGUCCUCUACGUACUUUAGUACGAUGUUCGACGGACCCUGGCGCGAAUCACCAGGCUCUUUGGACGACGUCUCUCUCACCCCGAUACCGUUGCAGAGCCUCACCAAGGCCGAGUUUGACCUCUUCUUGACAUCAUCUACGAGCCAUUCAGAGUCGAUAUGUCGUCGUUGA